AUGGAGCACCUCUUAUUGGAGGUGGCGGCCACACCACUGCGGUUAAUCGCUGCCAAGAACGAGAAGAGCCGCAGUGAGCUGGGCAGAUUCUUGGCCAAGCAGGUGUGGACACCUCAAGAUCGCCAGUCUAUCCUGAGUAUUUUAGCACAGUUGCUCUUGGAUAAGGAUUACACUGUGCUGAUUGGCCGUCAGCUGCGCCCUCUCCUUUUGGAUUUGCUGGAAAGGAAUGCUGAAGCCAUCAAGACAGGAGGCCAUGUUAACCAUGAUCUGCAUGAACGCCUCUGUGUGUGUAUGAGCAAGCUCAUUAGUAGCCAUCCUGAUGUGCUCCCGUUUGCCCUGAGGUAUUUCAAGGACACUUUCCCAGUCUUUCAAAGACUCUUCUUGGAGAGUUCAGAUGCUAAUCCAGUUCGCUAUGGGCGAAGACGGAUGAAACUUCGGGACUUAAUGGAAGCAGCCUACAAGUUUCUGCAGCAAGAGCACUCUGUGUUCCGGGAACUCUGGGACUGGAGUGUAUGUGUCCCCCUCCUCAGAAGCCAUGACACUUUGGUCCGUUGGUACACAGCCAACUGUCUUGCCUUGGUCACCUAUAUGAAUGAAGAGCACAAGUUAUCAUUCCUUAAGAAGAUUUUUAAUAGUGAUGAAUUGAUCCACUUCAGGUUGAGGUUAUUAGAAGAAGCCCAGUUGCAGGACUUAGAGAAGGCCUUGGUUUUGGCCAAUCCAGAAGCCUCCCUUUGGCAUAAGGAUAAGGAGCUGCAAUACCUACAAGGACACCUUAUUUCAGCUGACCUCUCCUCCAGGGUGACAGCAGUAUGUGGUGUGGUAUUGCCCAAGCAGCCUCCGGCCCCUGGAGAGCAGGCUAGUAAUAGGAGUUCUUCACGAGAACAAGAGCUGGCCCUUCGAUCUUAUGUGCUGGUUAAGUCUGUCUGCAAAAAUCUUCAGACCCUGGCUUUGGCAGUGGCUUCUCAGAAUGCUGUGUUGUUGGAAGGACCAAUAGGAUGUGGCAAAACUUCCUUAGUUGAACAUUUAGCUUCAAUGACAGGUAGAAGAAAGCCUCCUCAGCUUCUCAAAGUCCAGCUUGGAGAUCAGACUGACAGUAAGAUGCUAUUGGGGAUGUAUCGCUGCACAGAUGUUCCUGGAGAGUUUGUGUGGCAGCCUGGCACCCUGACACAGGCAGCCACCAAGGGCCAUUGGAUUCUUCUGGAGGAUAUUGACUAUGCCCCCUUAGAUGUGGUUUCAGUGCUGAUCCCGCUUUUGGAGAAUGGACAACUCUUGAUUCCUGGCCAAGGGGACUGUCUGAAAGUGGCUCCUGGAUUUCAGUUUUUUGCAACCAGGAGACUCUUGACAUGUGGAGGUAAUUGGUAUCGACCACUAAAUAGUCAUGCCACUUUGUUAGACAAAUAUUGGACCAAAAUUCACCUGGAUAAUCUGGAUAAGAAAGAACUAAAUGAGGUUCUUCAGAGCAGAUAUCCCAGCCUGUUGGAAGCUGCUGAUCACCUGCUUGACAUUUAUAUUGAGCUUACUGGAGAGAAACAUCACUCUCCAAGUGAUAAUUGUAUUGAAGGUAAAGAGGCAUCUGCGGAAGUUUCAGAAGCCAGAAGAGAAAACAAAAGACCUAUCCUUGAGGGCAGAGAAUUGUCUCUAAGGGAUCUACUGAAUUGGUGUAAUAGGAUUGUUCAUAGCUUUGACAGUUCAUCUUCAUCAGCAUCAUUAAAUAUUUUUCAAGAGGCUCUGGACUGUUUCACAGCAAUGCUUUCUGAGCGCACAAGCAAAUUGAAAAUGGCAGAAGUUAUUGGAAGCAAAUUGAACAUUUCUAAGAAGAAGGCUGAAUUUUUUUGUCAACUUUAUAAGCCAGAAAUUCUGAUCAAUGAACUAGAUGUGCAAGUAGGCAGAGUGCGACUUCUUCGGAAACAAAACGAGGCUGCUCAUGUACAGAGGGAGAAAUUCACUUUUGCUGCUACACGGCCAUCCUCUGUUCUCAUUGAACAGCUUGCAGUGUGCGUCAGCAAAGGGGAGCCUGUGUUGCUGGUGGGAGAGACUGGGACUGGCAAAACCUCUACUGUCCAGUACUUGGCACACAUUACAGGCCACCGUUUGAGAGUUGUCAAUAUGAAUCAGCAGAGUGACACUGCAGACUUGCUUGGAGGUUACAAGCCUGUGGACCAUAAGCUUAUUUGGCUACCCUUACGAGAGGCAUUUGAGGAGCUCUUUGCCCAAACAUUUUCCAAGAAACAAAACUUUACUUUCUUGGGGCACAUUCAGACCUGUUAUAGGCAAAAACGGUGGCAUAAUCUCCUGAGAUUAAUGCAGCAUGUACAUAAGUCUGCUGUUGACAAGGAAGGAAAGGAGAGUGAAACUGGGUUACUCCUAAAGGAGAAAUGGGAAGCUUUUGGCCUUAGACUCAACCAUGCCCAACAACAGAUGAAAAUGGCUGAAAAUGCCCUAUUAUUUGCAUUUGUAGAGGGUACAUUAGCUCAGGCUGUAAAGAAAGGAGAGUGGAUCUUGUUGGAUGAGAUUAAUUUGGCUGCUCCUGAAACAUUAGAAUGUCUGAGUGGUUUGCUUGAAGGAUCCUCUGGUUCCCUGGUGUUGCUUGAUCGAGGAGACACAGAGCCACUGGUUCGUCAUCCUGACUUCCGUUUAUUUGCCUGCAUGAAUCCAGCUACUGAUGUGGGCAAAAGAAAUCUCCCACCAGGAAUAAGAAACAGGUUCACGGAACUAUAUGUAGAAGAAUUGGAAAGUAAAGAGGAUUUACAGAUUCUUAUUGUGGAUUAUCUGAAAGGAUUGAGCAUGAACAAGAGCACAGUGCAAGGAAUCAUAAACUUCUACACAGGUUUGCGGAAAGAGUCUGGCACAAAAUUGGUUGAUGGGACUGGUCACAGACCUCACUACAGCCUUCGGACUCUCUGCAGGGCCUUGCGAUUUGCAGCUUCCAAUCCAUGUGGCAACAUCCAGCGCUCAAUAUAUGAGGGUUUUUGUUUGGGUUUCCUAACACAGCUCGACAGGGCAUCACAUCCAAUAGUUCAGAAACUUAUUUGUCAACAUAUCAUCUCUGGCAAUGUCAAAAGUCUGCUGAAACAGCCUAUUCCAGAGCCAAAAGGAGGUCGGCUCAUCCAGGUUGAAGGCUACUGGAUUUCAGUGGGAGAUAAGGAGCCUACAAUAGAUGACACAUACGUUCUGACAUCUUCUGUUAAGUUGAACCUGAGAGAUAUAGUCCGAGUGGUCUCUGCAGGAACAUACCCAGUGCUGAUUCAGGGAGAGACCUCAGUUGGUAAAACAAGCCUGAUCAGGUGGCUGGCUGCAGCUACUGGCAAUCACUGCGUGCGUAUCAAUAAUCAUGAACACACGGAUAUUCAGGAGUAUAUUGGUUGUUAUACAUCUGACUCUUCAGGCAAGCUUGUCUUUAAAGAAGGUGUUCUUAUUGAUGCUAUGAGAAAGGGCUACUGGAUUAUCUUAGAUGAAUUAAAUUUGGCCCCUACUGAUGUGUUAGAGGCACUCAACAGACUGUUGGAUGAUAACCGAGAAUUGCUCAUAACAGAAACACAAGAAGUCGUUAAAGCACAUCCUCGGUUCAUGCUUUUUGCUACACAAAAUCCCCCAGGGCUUUAUGGAGGAAGAAAGGUGCUUUCUAGAGCCUUCAGGAAUCGGUUUGUGGAAUUGCACUUUGAUGAAUUGCCUAGCUCUGAGUUAGAAACAAUUUUACACAAGCGGUGUAGUUUGCCACCCUCCUAUUGCAGCAAACUAGUUAAAGUCAUGCUGGACCUUCAGUCCUACCGCAGAAGUUCUUCAGUAUUCGCUGGAAAGCAGGGCUUCAUCACCCUUCGUGAUCUUUUUCGAUGGGCUGAAAGAUACAGAUUGGCAGAGCAAACCGAAAAGGAAUAUGACUGGCUACAGCAUUUAGCCAAUGAUGGUUUUAUGCUUCUGGCAGGCCGAGUCAGGAAGCAGGAGGAGGUUAAUGUGAUUCAAGAAGUCCUUGAAAAGCAUUUGAAAAAAAAAUUGCAUCCUCCAUCACUUUUCUCCAAAGAAAAUGUCCAAAAAUUACUGGGUAAAUUGUCUACCCAAAUGUCUACAAUGGAGUCUAAGUUCAGCCAUAUUGUGUGGACUGAGAACAUGCGGAGACUUGCAGUGUUAGUGGGAAGGGCAUUGGAAUUUGGAGAACCAGUGCUGCUGGUUGGAGACACAGGGUGUGGGAAGACAACAAUUUGCCAGGUGUUUGCAGCCUUGACAAAUCAGAAAUUAUAUUCAGUCAACUGCCAUUUAAACAUGGAAACAUCUGAUUUCUUGGGAGGGCUACGGCCAGUAAGAAAAAAAACAAGUGACAAGGAAGAAAUGGAUACAUCAGGACUUUUUGAGUGGCAUGAUGGACCUCUGGUUCUGGCCAUGAAAGAAGACAGCUUUUUUCUCUUGGAUGAGAUUUCCUUGGCUGACGAUUCUGUCCUGGAAAGACUCAAUAGUGUCCUUGAAGUAGAAAAGUCUCUGGUGUUAGCUGAAAAGGGCAGCCCAGAGGAUAAGGAUAACGAGGUAGAGCUGUUGACUGCUGGGAAAAAUUUCCGAGUCUUAGCAACUAUGAACCCUGGGGGUGACUUUGGAAAAAAAGAGCUAUCUCCUGCCUUAAGAAAUCGUUUUACAGAAAUAUGGUGUCCUCAAAGCACAAGGCGUGAAGAUUUGGUUCAAAUAAUAAGUCAUAAUCUUCGUCCAGGAUUAUCUCUGGGCAGAACAGAUCACAAAGGGGCUGAUAUAGCUGAGGUGAUGCUGGAUUUCAUCGACUGGCUGACCCAUCAGGAGUUUGGCCGCAAGUGUGUUGUCAGUAUCAGAGAUAUCCUGUCCUGGGUUAAUUUCAUGAACAUAAUGGGGGAGGAAGCUGCUAUGAAAAGACCAGAGAUUAUCUCUACUGUGACAUCAUUUGUCCAUGCUGCAUGCCUGGUGUACAUAGAUGGAAUAGGUUCAGGAGUAACCUCCUCUGGGUUUGGUACUACCCUCUUAGCCCGAGAAGAAUGUCUGAAAUUUCUAAUGAAGAAACUUUCCAAGAUAGUCCGACUUACAGAAGGUCAGAAAAAUGAAUUGAAGAUUUAUGAUAGACUGAAGGCCAAAGAAUUCACUGGCAUAGAUAAUCUUUGGGGAAUCCAUCCAUUUUUUAUACCAAGGGGACCUGUCCUGCCCAGGAACAACAUUGCUGACUAUGCACUCAGUGCAGGCACCACAGCUAUGAAUGCCCAGAGGCUUUUAAGAGCUACCAAACUGAAUAAACCCAUUCUCCUGGAGGGUUCUCCUGGUGUUGGCAAGACAAGUUUGGUGGGAGCAUUAGCAAAGGCUUCAGGAAAUACCCUUGUUCGAAUCAAUCUGUCAGAGCAAACGGACAUCACAGACCUAUUUGGAGGAGAUCUACCUGUUGAGGGUGGCAAGGGAGGAGAGUUUGCCUGGUGUGAUGGCCCCUUGCUGGCAGCUUUGAAGGCAGGCCAUUGGGUUGUGUUGGAUGAGCUUAACUUGGCUUCACAGUCUGUAUUGGAAGGACUCAAUGCUUGUUUUGAUCAUCGAGGAGAAAUCUUUGUGCCUGAGUUAGGAAUGAGCUUUCAAGUACAGCAUGAAAAGACGAAGAUUUUUGGGUGUCAGAAUCCUUUUAGACAAGGAGGUGGGAGGAAGGGCUUACCCAGGUCUUUCCUGAAUAGAUUCACUCAGGUCUUUGUGGAUCCCCUUACAGCAGUUGACAUGGAGUUUAUUGCCAGUACUUUGUUCCCAGCCAUUGACAGAAAUAUUGUUAAAAAAAUGGUAGCUUUCAACAACCAAAUUGAUCUCGAAGUGUCUGUUGAGAAGAAAUGGGGCCAAAAAGGAGGACCCUGGGAAUUCAACCUCCGGGACCUUUUCCGUUGGUGUCAGUUGAUGCUUGUUGAUCAAUCCCCUGGCUGUUAUGAUCCUGGUCAGCAUGUGUUUUUAAUUUAUGGUCAAAGAAUGAGAAGCAAGGAAGACAAGGAGAAGGUCAUUGCUGUGUUCAAGGAUGUAUUUGGUUCAAAUUCUAACCCAUACACAGGAACCAGACUAUUUCAUAUCACUCCCUAUGAAGUUCAGCUGGGCUACUCAGUCCUUUCCCGUGGCAGCUAUGCUCCUCACCCAUCUCGCCGGCCCCUUUCACUUCUGCACCAGUCAUUCCAGUCCCUGGAGUCCAUCAUGAAAUGUGUGCAGAUGAGCUGGAUGGUCAUCCUUGUGGGGCCAGCCUCUGUUGGCAAGACCAGCCUGGUCCAGCUUUUGGCACAACUUACUGGCCACACAUUAAAGAUCAUGGCCAUGAACAGUGCAAUGGAUACUACUGAGCUUCUGGGUGGAUUUGAGCAGGUUGAUCUCAUACGACCUUGGAGGGAGCUGCUGGAGAAAGUGGAGGGUACUUUAAGGGCAUUGUUACGGGAUAGCCUUCUUAUCAGUGCUGAGGAUGCAGAAGUAGUGCUGCGUGCAUGGAGCCAUUUCCUUUUGACUUACAAACCCAAGUGUCUUGGAGAAGAUGGUCAAGGUAUCACAGUGGAAAUUGUCAAUAAACUGGAAGCGGUAUUGCUACUUAUGCAGAGACUCAAUAAUAAAAUCAACUCAUACUCCAAGGCAGAGUUUGCCAAACUUGUGGAAGAUUUCCGAAGUUUUGGGGUGAAGCUUAUGCAGUCAACCAGUGGCCAUAGUCAUGGCACAUUUGAAUGGGUUGACAGCAUAUUAGUUCGGGCCCUGAAGUCUGGAGACUGGCUUCUGAUGGACAAUGUUAACUUCUGCAACCCAUCAGUGCUGGAUCGUUUGAAUGCUUUGCUUGAACCUGGAGGCGUCCUCACCAUUAGUGAAAGAGGAAUGAUAGAUGGAUCCACUCCCACAAUAACACCCAAUCCCAAUUUCAGGCUUUUUCUUUCAAUGGAUCCUGUUCAUGGAGAAAUAUCCAGAGCUAUGAGAAAUCGUGGACUCGAAGUCUACAUUUCAGGAGAAGGCGAUGAGAGCAUUCUCGACAACCUGGAUUUGAAAGUUCUGCUGCACAGCCUUGGAUUGGUUGGAGACAGUGUGUGUGACAUACUCUUGUCUCUACACAUGGAGACCCAAAGCACUAUUAUAGGUUCUCCAGCAUCUUCUGUGUCUACUCUAAUUCAGACAGCCAUACUCAUUGUCCAGUACCUGCAGCGAGGGCUGAGUUUAGACAGAGCCUUUUUUGAAGCAUGCCGGGAAGUAUAUGUUGUCUCCCAGCAUUCAGCAGCAAACCAGAAGCUCGUGCAGGCUUUACUGGAAAAAUGUGUUUCUUCUCUGCGAGCACGGGAAACCUGGGGAAACUCAAUUCUUGCCACGGGACUGUGGCCAGAUUCUGUGCCCUCAGCUCUCUUUGCUACCGAAGAUUCUCAUCUCUCUAUUGUCCGAAGGGAUGGACAGAUCCUAGCAUACUGUCUCAACAGGAUGAGCAUGAAAACCAGCAGCUGGGUGAGGAGUCAGCCUCUUACCUUGCAAGACUUAGAGAAAAUAAUGCAGUCUUCCAACCCUGAGAACCUGAAAUUCAAUGCAGUAGAGGUGGAAACAUAUUGGAUCGAUGAACCAGAUGUUUUGGCCAUGGCUGUUAAACUGCUCAUAGAAAGAGCAACAAAUCAGGAUUGGAUGCUCAGAGUUAAAUGGCUUUAUCAUUUAGCCAAGAACAUACCACAGGGGCUUGAGUCAAUACAAAUUAAUUUGGAAGCCAGUGCUGCAUCUCUUAGGAAUUUUUACUCAAAUUCUCUCUCAGCUGGGGUCAGGAAUAUCUUCAAACUAUUACAAGCAAAUAUAACAGAUGACUUUGUGAUCCCUCUGGACCCCCGGUGGAAUAUACAGGCUUUGGACAUUAUUAGAAAUUCAAUGGACUAUGAUCCACAAACGGACCAGCCCAAGCAGCUCUCUUCCCUUUUAGAAUCAGUUGCAAACAAGACAAUUGUUUAUCUUGACCGGGAAAAACGAAUUUUUACUGAAACAAAUUUGAUUUCUGUUGGUGGCAAAAAGUUAAGAAAUAGUGUUUUAAGAAUGUCCUUUGAAUUUCAUAAAGAUCCAGAGAGCUAUCACAGCCUGCCCCAUGAAAUUGUGGUCAAUCUUGCUGCUUUUUUUGAACUUUGUGAUGCAGUAAUCCUGCUCUGGGUGCAAUCCCCCCAAGGUGUGGUGUCUGAUGCCAAUAUCAUUGAGAUCUUAGAUUCUUUAAGAUGGCGGGACCGGUUUUGGACUGUGGCUGACACAGUAAAAGUGGAUGCUCCAGGUCUGGCUUUGCUUGCUCUCCAUUGGCACUGGGUUUUAAAACAUUUAGUCCAUCAAAUCCCCCAACGCCUGAUGAAUCAUGAAGACAAAUAUUACAAAGAGGUUCAGACCGUGUCAGAACAUAUUCAAAAUUGUCUUGGUAGCCCAACUGGUGGCUUCAUUGGUAUAAAGAGGUUGCAGAAGUUCCUGGGACGACCAUUUCCUUUCAAGGACAAGCUAGUGGUAGAGUGUUUUUCACAGUUGAGAAUCCUCAACAGAGCCCUUGCCAUCAGAGAGCAGAUGCCUAUCGUUGGGGAGAGUGGAUGGCAGGAAGAUUUCAGUCGUCUCCAAGUGGUUGCUUCUGAGUGGACAUUAAAGAAAAGUCUCCUGCAGGCCUGGGGAUUGAUCCUCAGAGCUAAUAUUCUAGAAGAUGUCAAUCUAGAUGAGUUGAAGAAUCUUGUGAGUGCUCAGUGUUUAGAACUCAAGGCCAAAGGACUUUCACUUGGUUUUCCGGAGAAAAAGCAUGGUGAAGCUUCCUUUGCACCCCAGCCAGACUUUACCUCUUUAAUUCAACUCACCAGGAGUGUUCAAUUAUGGCCUGCAAUGGAAUACUUGGCUAUGCUUUGGCAGUACAAAGUGACAGCUGAUUUUAUGACACAGGCUUAUUUGAGAAGGUUCAGCAAAAAUCAGCAACCUCUGAUAGAGGAGAUAAGACAUCACAUCACAUUUUGUCUUCAGCACACACCAGUUGCUCCUCAAGAGCUUCGAGACCUGUGGUCUUUACUGCAUCAUCAGAAGGGAUCUGCUGAAGAAAUUACUUGUUUGUGGUCUGAGUUAUUUAAUUCCACAUUUAUGUCUUUCUGGAGCAGUACUGUGACCACAAAUCCAGAGUACUGGCUAACAUGGAACCCUCUGCCCAAUAUGCAGCAGAGGGAGAUGCCCAAGUCCCUUUUGGACUCUACAUUAAAGGGCCCUGGCAGUCUCUGUAGAGCCACAUUCUCCAAGUGCUGCUUUGAAGUCUUGACUAACAGCUGCAGAGCAAUUUCCUGGGAUGUGAGUGGUCUCCCAGUCCUGUCCUCUUCACAUGUCACACUGGGAGAGUGGGUUGAAAGAGCCCAGCAGCUACGGGACAUCAACUCAUUGCUUUGGACCAACAUGGCUGUCCCUUUAAUAGCAGAAUUCAGACACACAGACUCCCAGCUCCAGGGACUAGUGCUGUGCCGACACCUAGCGGGCUUAGCAGAGCUGCUCCCAGAACCCCAGCAGCAGGAGUACGUACAGAACUGUGAGCAACUGCUGCUUAGAGACAGCCAGGCCUUCCACUAUGUGAUCCAGACUCUUGGGGAUAUGGCUGGUCAGGAGGCACUGCCCAAGGAACUACUCUGCCUGUUUCUCACCUCCCUGCACCACUUUUUUGGGGAAGGGGAGAAUAAGAGAAACCUGCCUGAACCAGCCCAGCGUGGGACCCUCUGGGUGAGCCUUGGCUUGCUCCAGAUUCAGACCUGGCUUCCUCAGGCACGCUUUGACCCUGCAGUGAAGAGGGAAUGCAAGCUCAAGUAUGCCAAGGAAGAGUUACACCAGCUACAGUGUGAAUGGAAGACCCGGAACUUAUCAUCUCAGUUACAAACUGGAAGAGACCUGGAAAAUGAAGUAAUUAUCAAUUAUUCUCAUCCUCACAUCAGGUUACUUCGUCAAAGGAUCAAUUACCUAGAGAACUUAAUCUGCAGCCUGUCGAAGAAGCAGGCCUUCAGACCCCAGCUGCCUGCCUAUGAGUCUCUGGUGCAAGAGAUCCACCACUAUGUCACCAGCAUUGCCAAGGCCACUGCUAUUCAGGAUCUGCUUACGCGGCUGCUGCAGGUUCUCCAUGCAGAUGGGCCACGGUCUGCCCAGGUGGUCCAGAGCCUUCUAAAAGAAGAGGCCUCUUGGCAGCAGUCGCACCACCAGUUCAGGAAAAGGCUAGGGGAAGAAUAUGCCCUCUACCCAGAUUCUGUGAUUCCACUACAGGCUUCCAUCUUACAGUUGCAGCAUGGCAUGAGGCUAGUAGCAUCUGAGGUCCAUACCUCACUGCACAGCAGUGUGAUCUGUCCCGACAGGCUGGGUGCCUUGGCUAUGGCUUUGUUGGCUUUUCCAUCAGUGGGCCCCACCUUCCCGACCUACUAUGCUCACGCAGAUGUCUUGUGCUCAGUGAAGUCAGAGGAGGUUCUUCGAGGCCUUGGAAAACUGAACAUUAACCGCUCAAGAGGAAAGGAAUCAGAAGGCAUGGGCCAGCAACCCUGCCCCACCCGCGAACAGCUGCUAAUGAAUGCCCUUCUUUACCUGCACUCUCAUGUGCUAUGCAAGGGAGAACUGGACCAGAGGUCCCUGUCACUCUUCAGACAUGUCUGUCAGGAGAUUAUCAAUGAGUGGGAUGAGCAGGAACGCAUAGCCCAAGAGAAGGCAGAACAGGAAAAUAGCCUGUACAAAUUCAAGAGCAAGAACUCUAGGACCACCCUAAGCGAGGAAGAAGAGGAAGAACAGGAGUUCAGAAAACAGUUUCCACUGCAUGAAAAGGACUUCGCAGAUAUUUUGAUAGAGCCAACACUUGAGGAGAAAAAAGGAACUUUAGAUGGACAAGAAGAGGAUACAGCCACAGACCCAGCUGCCCUCUCCCAGAGUUCAAUGCAGGCAGUAAUGUUGAUACACCAGCAGUUGUGCCUCAACUUUGCUAGGUCCCUGUGGUACCAGCAGGCUGUGCCACCACAUGAGGCAAAGCACUACCUCAGCUUGUUUGCAUCUUGCUAUCAGACUGGGGCUUCUCUUGUGACACACUUCUACCCGCUGAUGGGAGUUGAACUGAAUGACCGACUUUUGGGCAGCCAACUUUUGGCCUGUGCCCUUUCCCAUAACACACUCUUUGAGGAGACAGCCUCAGACCUAAUGGUGAAACCUGAUGGGCCCUAUGAUUUCUACCAGCACCCCAACGUAUCAGAAGCAAGACAGUGUCAGCCUUUGCUUCGGGGUUUCUCAGAGGCCGUCAGUCAGUUGCUGCAGGAUUGGCCGGAACACCCUGCACUUGAACAGCUGCUGGUCGUAAUGGACAGAAUUCGUAGUUUCCCACUUUCCAGUCCUAUCUCAAAGUUUCUGAAUGGCUUAGAGAUUCUUCUGGCAAAGGCACAGGACUGGGAGGAGAAUGCAAGUCGAGCUUUGUCUUUGCGGAAACAUCUUGAUUUGGUUAGUCAGAUGAUCAUUCGGUGGCGCAAACUGGAGCUGAACUGUUGGUCCAUGAGUUUGGAUAAUACCAUGAAGCGCCACACUGAGAAAUCCACCAAGCACUGGUUCUCCAUCUAUCAGAUGCUUGAGAAGCACAUGCAGGAACAAACAGAGGAACAAGAAGAUGACAAACAGAUGACUCUGAUGUUGCUGGUCAGCACGUUACAAGCAUUUAUUGAGGGAUCCUCUCUGGGGGAGUUCCAUGUGCGACUUCAGAUGUUGCUGGUUUUCCAUUGUCAUGUUUUGCUGAUGCCACAGGUUGAAGGAAAGGAUUCACUUUGUAGUGUUCUAUGGAAUUUGUACCAUUAUUACCAGCAAUUCUUUGACCGGGUCCAGGCCAAAAUUGUGGAACUUCGUUCCCCUCUAGAAAAAGAACUUAAAGAAUUUGUUAAGAUAUCAAAGUGGAAUGAUGUGAGCUUCUGGUCCAUUAAACAGUCUGUGGAAAAGACACAUAGAACCCUGUUUAAAUUCAUGAAGAAAUUUGAAGCUGUCCUGAGUGAACCCUGCCGGUCAUCCUUGGUGGAGAGUGACAAGGAGGAAAAGCCUGACUGUUUGCCCAGUCCAACAGAUGAAGCCGCAAGUGAGGCAUCUCCUAUCCAGAGUCUGAACAGGGCACUGAGGGAGACCCUGUUAGCCCAGCCAGCAGCUGACCAGGCCACAAUUCCAGAACAGCAACAGGGUGCUACUCCUUUCUCUGUAGAAGGAAAACUUCUGCGUCGCUUGCCAAAGCUCAUGAAACGAAUGAGGAAGAUAUGCCUGACAUUCAUGAAAGAGAGUCCGCUGCCUCACCUCGUGGAGGGAUUUGAUCAGUUCACUGGUGAAGUGAUUUCUUCUGUAAAUGAGCUGCAGAGCUUAAAAGUGGAGCCCUCUGCAGAAAAGGAGAAGCAGCAGUCAGAAGCCAAGCAUAUUCUCAUGCAGAAGCAGCGAGCUUUAUCAGACCUCUUUAAACACCUUGCAAAAACUGGUUUGUCAUAUCGCAAAGGUCUUGCCUGGGCCCGUUCAAAAACUCCUCAAGAGAUGCUUCAUCUUCACCCAUUAGAUCUCCGGAGUGCAUUGUCCAUAGUCAGCAGCACUCAGGAGGCUGAUUCUAGGCUUCUUACAGAAAUCUCGUCUUCUUGGGAUGGGUGCCAGAAGUAUUUCUAUCGCUCUCUUGCAAGGCAUGCCAGGCUUAACAUAGCCCUUGCAACUCCUGCCAAGGAGAUGGGCCUAGGCAACAUUGAGAGGUGUAAAGGGUUCUCGGCACACUUGAUGAAGAUGCUCAUCCAACAGCGGCGCUCCCUGACCACUCUGACUGAGCAGUGGAUUAUUCUCAGGAACCUUCUCUGCUGUGUACAGGAGAUUCACAACAGGUUGACAAGGCCUCUGGUCUACCCUGUGGCCUUUCCACCUCAGGACAGUAUGCAGCAGUGGACAGAGCGGCUACAGCACCUGGCCAUGCAGAUCCAGAUUCUGCUCGAGCAGCUUUCCUGGCUCCUCCAGUGCUGUCCUACUGCAGGACCAGCUGCAGGCCAUGGAAAUGCUCCAUUCCAGGGUCAGCCUACUGACAUCCACCUGGAAAAACCAGAACUCAUCAAGGGACAGCUGUCCGGAGCAGUUCCAGACUUGAUUCCCUUUUAUCUAAGCUACCCAUCCCCAGUACCUGGAAGUCAACUACCCUCUGGUUGCCGUAUGCGGAAACAAGACGAGCUUUGGCAACAGUCAGUUGCAAAGUUAACAGAAAUGCUGAAAACGAUUAAAACAGUGAAAGCUAAUGUUGACAAAAUUAGACAGCAGUCUUGUGAGACCCUCUUUCAUUCAUGGAAAGAUUUUGAAGUUUGCUCUUCUGGGCUGAGUUGCCUGUCCCAAGUAUCAGCUCAUUUGCAAAGCCUAGAGUCCUUGUUCAUUAUUCCAGGGAUAGAGGUUGAGCAAACAAAACCACAAAUGAGUUUAGUCGAAAGCCUGGAAUAUGUAAGAAGAGAAAUCAGUAAAGCUGUUGAUGACUUUACUACUUGGAAAACACAUCUGCUCACUUCAGGCAGCCAUGGAGGACACCCAAUGUUGGAUGAAAACUUCACUGAAGAUUUUGCAGAACAAAUGGAAACUGCCAUCCGGGCCAUUCUUUGUGCCAUCCAGAACUUAGCAGGAAAAAACAGUGAAAACGCAGAGGAAAGUGUUGACCAAAAAAGACCACAGGAAGAGGAUGAGGGAGCAAUCUUUGAGAGACUACACCCAGGACAUCUAACAAAACUCUUAGAAGAUGACUUCUGGGCCAGUGUGAGCACUUUACAUGUACAGAAAAUAAUUUCUGCCAUCUCUGAGCUAUUGGAGAGGCUAAAAUCAUACAGUGAGGAUGGAACCACAUCAAAGCACACGGUCUUCAACCAGGCCUGUGGCUUGUUGGUGCGCCUAGUGCCCAUGCUGUACAGCUUCUCAGACCUUGUGCUCUUCUUCUUGACCAUGUCUCUGGCAACUCACCGGAGUACUGCGAAACUGCUCUCUGUGCUUGCCCAGAUCUUUACAGAGCUCGUCCAGAAGGGAUUUUGCCUGCCCGCAGAAUUUAUGGAAGAUCCAGCAGGAGAAGGAACAGCUAAAUUCCAUGACUAUGAGGGAGGUGGAAUUGGAGAAGGUGAAGGCAUGAAGGAUGUGAGUGACCAGAUAGAAAAUGAGGAACAGGUGGAAGAUUCAUUUCAGAAUGGUCAAGAAAAUGAUAAAGAAGAUCCCAACUCAAAAUCUGAUAUUAAGGGCGAGGAUAAUGCCAUUGAAAUGUCAGAAGACUUUGAGGGGAAAAUACAUGAUGGAGAGCUUGAAGAACAAGAGGAUGAUGAAAAGUCAGAUAGUGAGGGCGGAGACCUGGAUAAACAGAUGGGCGAUCUCAAUGGUGAGGAAGCUGACAAACUUGAUGAGAGGCUUUGGGGUGAUGAGGAGCAGGAAGAUGAGGAGGAAGAAGACAAUAAAACUGAAGAAACAGGACCAGGAAUGGAUGAGGAAGACUCUGAACUUGUUGCUAAAGAUGACAACUUGGAUGCUGGGAAUUUGAACAAAGAUAAAAAACAGAAAAAUAAGAAAGAAGAAAAGGAAGAAGCAGAAUCCAAUGAGGAGGGACAAGGCCAAGAUAAAAUUAAUGAACAAAUAGAUGAGAGAGAAUAUGAUGAAAAUGAAGUGGACCCUUACCAUGGCAAUCAGGAAAAGCUGCCAGAACCUGAGGCUCUGGACCUUCCAGAUGACUUGAAUCUUGACAGUGAAGACAAGAAUGGUAGUGAAGACACAGACAAUGAGGAAGCAGAAGAAGAGAAUCCUUUGGAGAUCAAAGAAAAACCUAUGGAUAUGGAAGAAGCAAGUCAUGAAGCUGAAGAGAUGAAUGAAGACACUGAGACUGACCAGAAUGAUGAUGAAAAUCAACCCAAGCCUGAGGAAGGCCCCAGUGAAGAUGACAAGGUGGGAGAGGAGGAGGAGAUGGAUACAGAAGCUGAUGACCAAGACAAAGGUGCUGCCGAACAUCCUGAAGAAAACUCAGAGGAGCAGCCGCAGCCACCUCUGGAGGAAGAAGACAGGGAAGCCACUGAGGAAGGUGGAGAUAAUGGCAGCCCUGUUGACCAAGGUCUCCAGCCGCAGAAUUCGGAAGAAGAGGAGAAAUCUGACACAGAGGAGCAGUUGCCAGAGGCAUUGGAGAGGAAAGAGCAUACUUCCUGUGGGCAAACUGCUAUGGAGAACAUACAGAGUGCACAGGCCGUGGAGCUGGCUGGGGUUGCACCUGAAAAGGAGCAGGGGAAAGAGGAACAUGGGAAUGGAGCCGCAGAUGCAAACCAGGCACAAGGUCAUGAAUCCAACUUCCUUGCCCGGCUGGCCUCCCAGAAACAUACCAGGAAAAACACACAGAGUUUUAAGAGGAAACCUGGGCAGGCUGACAACGAACGCUCCAUGGGUGAUCACAAUGAGCAUGUGCAUAAAAGGCUGAGAACCGUGGAUAACGACAGCCAGGCUGAACAGGAGGCAGCCCAGCCCCAACCUCAGCCCCAUGCAGAAGACGCAGACGCAUAUGAGCACAUUAAACAAGGACAUGACACAUACGAUGCACAGACGUAUGACGUGGCUAGCAAGGAGCAGCAGCAGUUUGCAGAAGACUCUGGCAAAGAUCAGCAAGAGGAGGAAAUAGAGGAUGCCCUCAUGGAUACAGAGAAACAGGAGGAACUCCGAACAGCAGACAUGGAACAGCUGAAGCCAGAGGAAGUCAAGUCGGGAACCACAACAGUUUCUAGCCCUGAUGAAAUGGAAGUAGACGCUCAAACUGUUAAAACAGAGGAACACCAAGACUCCAGGAUAGACAGAUCCUACAAGGAGAGAGAGAAUGAGAAACCAGAGAAAAGCCAAGAUUCAACCAUUCAUACAGCCCAUCAGUUUCUUAUGGAUAUAAUUUUCCAGCCCCUUAUAAAAGAUGUUAAUCAGCUAAGACAGGAGAUGGAAAGACAACUAGAAACAUGGGAGCCACAGGAAUCUGGAAACCCAGGAGAAGAGAUGGCUGCAGCUGAGAUGUGGCAGAAUUAUCUGAUCUUGACUACACCUCUUUCACAACAGUUAUGUGAGCAACUUCGUCUCAUAUUAGAACCUACUCAGGCAGCCAAAUUGAAAGGAGACUAUCGAACAGGAAAGCGACUGAACAUGCGGAAGGUCAUUCCAUACGUUGCCAGUCAGUUUCGGAAAGACAAGAUUUGGCUCCGAAGGACCAAGCCCAGUAAACGCCAGUAUCAGAUUUGUUUAGCUAUUGAUGACUCUUCUAGUAUGGUAGACAAUCACACCAAACAGCUUGCAUUUGAAUCAUUGGCUGUGAUUGGAAGUGCUCUAACGCUUCUGGAAGUGGGUCAGAUUGCCGUGUGCAGUUUUGGAGAGACGGUAAAGCUAUUACACCCAUUCCAUGAGCAGUUCAGUGAUUACUCCGGGUCCCAGAUUCUACGGCUAUGCAAAUUCCAACAAAAGAAAACCAAGAUUGCUCAGUUUCUAGAGUCUGUAGCCAACAUGUUUGCAGCUGCUCAGCAACUCUCACAAAACAUCAGUCCAGAAACUGCACAACUUCUCCUAAUAGUCUCUGAUGGACGAGGUCUUUUUCUUGAGGGCAAAGAAAGGGUCUUGGCAGCAGUUCAGGCUGCCCAGAAUGCUAACAUCUUUAUCAUUUUUGUUGUGUUGGACAAUCCCAGUUCUCGGGAUUCUAUCUUGGACAUUAAAGUACCAAUAUUUAAAGGACCUGGAGAGAUGCCUGAAAUCCGAUCAUACAUGGAAGAGUUCCCUUUCCCAUUCUAUAUCAUCCUUCGAGAUGUGAAUGCUCUUCCUGAGACACUCAGUGAUGCCCUCAGACAGUGGUUUGAGUUGGUGACUGCCUCUGAUCACCCUUAGAACAGAAAAAGCUGUCCAAAGCGAAACUGUUUGAAUGAUGGUCAGAAUAUUGCAAAUCUUACCUGAUACUCCCUUUUGGAUAACUGUUUCUGAAAUUAUCCCUCUAAAAUACAUUGUUUUGAUUUUUAAAAUCCACCCAACGGCUACAAAACAUAUGAAAUCUCCUUAAUAAACCUGGGACAGAGAAGGAACAAACAUAA